CAGUCAAACGAUUAACAUUAGCAAUGGCACCGAAAAUCAGCGGAAAGGCAGCAAAGAAAGCCGGCAAGGCCCAGAAGAACAUUUCGAAGGGAGACAAGAAGAAGAGACGCAAGCGGAAGGAGAGCUACGCUAUCUACAUCUUCAAAGUAUUGAAACAAGUUCAUCCAGACACUGGUGUCUCCAGUAAGGCCAUGUCCAUCAUGAACAGUUUCGUCAACGAUAUCUUUGAGCGUAUCGCCGCUGAAGCAUCGCGUUUGUCUCACUACAACAAACGGUCAACCAUCACUAGUCGCGAAAUCCAAACGGCUGUCCGUCUCUUGUUGCCAGGAGAAUUGGCCAAGCACGCCGUCAGUGAGGGAACCAAAGCCGUCACCAAAUACACCAGUUCAAAGUAAAUUCGACAUAAUUUUCGCAAAACCGUACAAAAAACGGCCCUUUUCAGGGCCACCA